GAGUUAACCUAGAUAGUUUUCAACCAAAGAGACCUGCUCAGAUUCUAAAUCACUACAGACCUUUCCUCUUUAGUCUUCACAGGAUCCACUGAUAAUAUGACCUUCUCCCUUCCCUUUCUCAUAUCUAUGCUAAAAAUGCUGGAAUUGAUACUGGCCUCAACUACUGAAGAGUCAUUAGUUAAUCUCUUCUUCAAUAACUGGUCAUGUAGGACUGGUUGUUGGGUGUCAUUUUUCUCUCCCAGUUGGAGCAAUUUUAGUUUCUAAGUUCUCAGUUUGCACCCCUGAAUUUACUUGAAUGCGAAGAGUUGAAUGUCUAACACCUGGUCUAAUUACACGUGGAAGAAGAAUUUCUGCACCUAAGAGGAAGCAUUUGAGAGGAUAGGAAGGUUCUGGUGUUGACUGCUUUCAUAGUGGGACUCAGGGAAGGCAAGAAUUCAUUUAUGACAACAACUGAGAGAUUGAUAGCUUGGACCUUGUGAGGCAGAGCAGUAUAGUUCUGGCAUCUAGGAUCAUUUGGCGUGCUGGUUCUGCAUUACAUAAGAACCUAGACAGUUACUGCAAUUACUCUUCUGACUAAUCUGUGAGAAAAAUUGUGUGCUGCCCAGAGCACGCCCAUGUCCAUGUCCGUGUGUGUAAAUAGAAAGGUAGCAAAGGGAUUUGUCCUUAUGUAAUAGAUGCUCACAUCUUCAAUUCUUAAAGGAUUUUAAUGCUUGUGACCUCUAACUUGGUUCCACUUCUGACUACUGGAUUGUGAUCUGUUUAUUAUUGCCACUGAAAUUAUGUAGUAAGUCACUGAGGAAAACAGAAACAGCUAGCAGUGUACUUCUAACAUUUUUGUUCUUGAAAUGUCAGUAAAGAGACAGGCUUUCGGGCAGGACUAGUCUUGAUGCAAGAACUUUGCUACUCUUGUUCUGUCCUUUAUGGAUCAUUUAUAAGGAAAACCAGUUCUUUCAUUCCUUUUGACUUGGAAUGUGGACAGAUUUAAAUUGUGAUAGAGACUGACUAAAGCUCAUGUGUAUUUUACUUUGGUGGCUAACUGCAUGGUCACAGUUGAAAGCAGAACUUAAAAUGAAGAGACCAGUAGUCACCACAGAACUUCAGUUUAUGCCCAGUUCUUAAAGGCUAGUUCUUGUAUUUUUUGUCUCUUUCAGUGCUGGGGAUUGAAUCUAGGGCCUUAUGAAGCUAGGCUGAAGCUACCACUCUGACCUAAAAGGUUUUGAUGGAACAAUAAUGUUUCCAUUUUCUAAGUGACUUAACAUGCAGUAAGCACAAUCAGGUGAAACAAGUGCAGGUGACUACCAUGCAGACAGUGGUGCCCUGGGCUCAGUAACGUGAAGUGGUCUUGACUUUAGUGCAGGCAGCAGCCCCAGUAGACUGCAUGUAGUGGUAAGCUGGUACUGACCAAUGCUGCUGAUCCUGAGAGCCUUGAGCCGAGGGAACAAGAACAAGUCUCUCAAUGGCUUGUUAGUGAACUACCCCUAAACCUUUCCUUUGUGAAAGACCACUGUUUAAACUCCUGUCUUGCUGUAGUUAACAGCCCUGUUUUCUGUUAGCUUGAUGGUAGUUUUGCAGAGACAGUCAGUUUCCCUGAAGGCUGCCUGGUACAGUGACUGUGGCAACUUUCUACAGUUGUGUCAGCACGACACUUACUGAAGCACCUUCUCUUUUUAAUGUUAAAAUAAUCAUGUGUAAGGGUAAUAUGUGACAGUUAGAGUGAGGAGCUGGGUGGAGAAAGGGAUGCUUUGGUUGAUUUUAUAGCUUCCGGUCGUCAAUGGAGUGAUUCCAAGAACAUGAAGAAACUUAGGGCCUGAGUCCAGCAGUGAUUCGGUGGGGCUGGCUGCUGUGGGAUAAGAUGGUCAAUGGGUUUUCUCCAUGGUCUGUAUAGCCACUAGCCUCGUGAAACUCCAGAAGGACAGCAGCUUCAAGGGUGAUGGGCUAGCUUGGGGAAGCCCCCCUUCCCCUCAGGAAGGUUUACACGUUGUUACAGGGGGCUGUUGCCCUGGGGUUUUCAAGAUGCACCAUUUUAUCUCGUAGUGCUGGGCUUUGACAAACUUCCUCUGUGGGGUACCAUCCUCAUCUCGGUGGGAUGUGCAGUUUUCUGUGCCCUUUUCGUCUGGUUCUUUGUAUGUCCCAGGAUGAAGAGAAAAAUCGAACGAGAAAUAAAGUCUAGUCCCUCCGAAAGUCCUUUAAUGGAAAAGAAGAACAACUUGAAAGAAGACCAUGAAGAAACAAAGAUGUCUCUUGGGGAUGUUGAGAACGGGAAUCCUGUGUCUGAGGUGUCAUGUACCACUGGGCCUCUCCGGGCUGUGGUGGAGGAGAGAACAGUAUCAUUCAAACUUGGGGACCUGGAGGAAGCUCCAGAGCGAGAGCGGCUUCCCAUGGACUUGAAGGAGGAGACCAGCAUAGAUGGUACCAUCAAUGGUGCAGUGCAGUUGCCUAAUGGGAACCUUGUUCAGUUCAGUGAUAAGCCUGAAGUCUCCCUCCUCUUCCAGUUUCUGCAGAUCCUUACAGCCUGCUUUGGGUCAUUUGCCCACGGUGGCAAUGAUGUCAGCAAUGCCAUUGGUCCUCUGGUUGCUUUGUAUCUUGUUUAUGAAACGGAAGAUGUAUCUACAAAAAUGGCAACACCGAUCUGGCUUCUGCUGUAUGGUGGUGUUGGUAUCUGCAUAGGGCUGUGGGUCUGGGGAAGAAGAGUUAUCCAGACCAUGGGGAAGGACCUGACACCAAUCACACCCUCCAGUGGUUUCAGUAUUGAACUGGCAUCUGCCCUCACUGUGGUCAUCGCAUCGAACAUUGGCCUUCCCAUCAGCACAACACACUGUAAAGUGGGCUCUGUUGUGUCUGUUGGUUGGCUCCGAUCCAAGAAGGCUGUCGACUGGCGACUGUUUCGCAACAUUUUUAUGGCCUGGUUUGUCACAGUCCCCAUUUCUGGGGUUAUCAGUGCUGCUAUCAUGGCAAUAUUCAAGUACAUCAUCCCAAAUGUGUGAAGCUGGGAUGAAAGUUCUUGUCAGCAUCUGGGACCACCAUACACAUUCCUGUUCCUAGAAGAAUGCUCACAGUAUUGCCGAAGACAGACAAGGGUUUUCAAGUUUGGGAGCCGUGGGAGGGAAGUGUAAUUUACACUAUAAUUGCUUUUGUGCUAAAUACAACUUGUCUCAAAAUUAGCUAUGUAAAAUAGCCAGAUUUCCAUUGGUUCAUCCUAAGGUCCCUUUUCUUCUGGGCUAUGAAUUCCUGUACAUAUUUCUCUACUUUUUGUAUCCAGCAUCAAUUCCAUUAUAUUUUAAUGUUGUCUGUAAGAUAACUUAUGUGGGUUCUUUUUAAACAGCCAGGCAGAGCCAUUUGAUGGCGUGUACUCUGCUUUGUUGGCCUCACCAGCUUCUUUCCCAACAUGCACAGGGAUUUAACAAACAUGUAACUGAAGCUUCCCUCGUAGUCUCUCAUAGAAAUAGUCACGGCACUUGCCCCGCUGUCUGUUGUAGCAGGUUCUGUUGAUGUGUGUGGGAACUUCUUAGAGGGCCAAGAAUCUUUGGCACAGUGAAAAGAAAAGUUUAUAGUAACUUCUUUGCAAACAACUCAUGGACAUGUUGCUAAGAAGUAUGAAGACAAAGCCUCCUGGCGGUUGUGGUUAUUCUUUUUGAGAUUUUUGGCAUUGUGGGAUGGGUGAAUGAAGUGGAAUAUGAACUUUGGGCAAAUUCAAUGGGACAGCCUUCCAUGUUCAUCUGUCUACCUCUUAACUGAAUAAAAAGCCUACAGUUUUUAGAAAA